AACGCGUAAUGACUUAAGACCAGCAUCAACAGCGAGCGGAAACGCGUCCAUAACAUCUAAAAAAACGAAACCUCGAUCUUACGGUUCAUUUAUUUUGAAUCUACAACGAGUUUAGUCUUUUUUUUCCAUGUUUUCCAAGGCCGAAGCGGCUGCCAUGGAUAUUUAAAGGCAUAAUGCGGCACCUCUAAUGCAAUGGCGAUGCAUGAUGCGAGGCGAAAUGCACUGCGAAACUCCAUCUUCGCGACUGCCAAGCAGUCAGGCUCAAAUACCGGCCGCGGUAUCCCAGUGAGCCAGCCGGUACCGCUGCUAUUGGACCGGAGGAAGCCCAGGCUGAACAGCUAGUCUGAAAACAAACACCUGACACAUUUAUCCAUCCUUAAACAUCCAUUUCCGUCGAUCAAAAAUGAAGCCUCAAGACAUCCUGAGCGGGAAGGCGAGCCUGUGGAUCUUCGGGUACGGGUCUCUGGUGUGGAAGCCCGACUUCAGGUACAAGAGGAGCUCGGUCGGGCACAUUCAGGGCUACAAGAGACGCUUCUGGCACGGAGACAACUUCCACCGUGGAGACGACAAGUCGCCCGGAAGAGUGGUGACGCUGAUCGAGGACGAUGACGAGAGCACUUGGGGCGUGGCGUUUGAGGUGACAGGCUCACAGGCCGAAGAGUCGCUCAAGUACCUGGACGUCCGCGAGACGGUCUGCGGCGGCUACAUCACCAGGAUGGUGGACUUCUUCCCCGACGGGGAGGACCAGUCUCCCGUCCAGGCGCUGGUGUACAUCGCCACCUCCGACAAUCCCCUCUACCUGGGACCCGCCAGCCCGGAGGAGAUUGGCGGCCAGAUCGCCGCGUGCAGAGGGAAGACGGGCCACAACCUGGAGUACCUGCUCCGCCUGGCAGAGUUCAUGAGGAGCAGCUGCCCACAUGUGGAGGACCAUCACCUGUUCUCCAUCGAGGCCGCGGCUCUGACCGUGGUGUCUUACCUGUUGGUAGCUCAGUAGCUCGUACCCUUUGUUUUCACUUGCCUGUAGAAAACUCACCUGGCUUUUAUCUAUGAUGCCACUCCAAUGUCUAAAACUGAAUGCCACUAAUAGUUAACUUAAAAGGGAAUCAUUAUACAGCUGUUGCAUGUGUUUUACAUCACUACAAAAAAAGUGCAAUCUUGACUGUAAAUUAAAGUUGUAGGUCAAAUUUUUAUUUAUUUUUCAGUUCUGAUUCCGUCCAAUUCUUUCAGAUGGUGCCAACAUUGUGUUCAAUGAUGCUGCAAUAUGAGAUGGCUGCUGUAAUGUGUUUGUGGAAACAACUCCUCCAUCCAGUUGUAAGUUAAAAUACCAAUAAAACAAAAAAUGAAAUGCUCA